AAGAGUUAGUUAUUGAUCCUAAAGAACUAGCCUAUCCUGUGAAUACACCAAGAGAAAGGACAGUGUAUAGUGUAAAAGAUGUGAUGUCUGCUAUUGUCAAGAGGGAAGAGUUUUUAGUAAAUGCUACUGGUACUAGACGUACAGGAUUGAAGGAGAUCCUAGCUGAUGAAUCAUUAUCAGAUAUUAAUAACCUGUCACUAUUAGGAGGACGUGAUAUUAAGGAAGUGAUUGAAUUAGCUGAAGAAUUUAACACACCAUUGACUCCAAUAAAGCUAGAUAUAAACAAUCUCGACAUUGUCAUUAAAGUAUUAACAUCAGAUCAACACUUGCCCUGUUCUGUAUGGCGUAGACUAGGUCUACAGUUAGGAUUAUAUGAUCCUAGACUAGUGGAUAUAGACACUGACUGUAGAGGACAAUCAGAGGAAUGUUUCCAUGCUUGUAUGUCUGCCUGGUUAAGAGGAGAAGAUAAAGUGAGAGAGAAAGGAGGUCCCAGUUGGUCAUCAUUAGCUACAGCACUGGAUACAAUAGAACAGAAAUCCAUUGCUAGUUAUAUUAGAGACAAAUAUUGUAAAGCAUAGUAACUUGUGAAGUUAGUAGAUCAUUAUCUAUAGUAUAUUUCAUUUUGUUCUGUUUAUGAUUAUUUGUAUUGUGUAUCCAUUCCUUGAUGUCACUAUACAGCUUUCAAUUACAUGUAUUUCUAAUAUCUUGUACUUUUACCCAAUGGUACUCCUUUAUUGUUUUGUUUU